UCCCUUUAUAUCUACGUCCUGAGCUCUGCCUUUUGAAGUCCAUGCACUUGCGGGAUUUUCAAAUCCCACUACUUUUUUUUUUCUCAGUCCUCUUUCAACUUUCUCUGCAAAGCCCCUUCCAUCUUUUUCUGUAAACCUUUAGAUAAAGUUUCUUCAUGGCUCAGGCUAGUCAAAUUGGUGAUAUCAAGUACGCUGAGGAGUAUAUUUUGAAUGGUCGAGGAAAUAAACUGUUUACAUGUUGUUGGGUCCCGGUGAAUCAAGAACCAAAAGCUUUAAUCUUCAUCUGCCAUGGCUACGCCAUGGAGUGCAGCAUCACCAUGAAUAGCACUGCAACUCGGCUGGCAAACUCAGGUUUUGCCUGCUAUGGGAUAGAUUAUGAAGGCCAUGGAAAAUCAGAAGGCUUGGAUGCUUACAUCACUAACUUCGACGAUCUUGUUGAUGAUUGCUCCACUCAUUUCAGUAACUUAUGUGAGAGAGAAGAGAACAAAGGGAAGAUGAGAUAUUUGUUGGGGGAAUCCAUGGGAGGAGCUGUGGCUCUUCUCUUGCACAGAAUGAAAGGAGAUUAUUGGGAUGGGGCCAUCUUGGUGGCGCCAAUGUGUAAGAUUGCUGAUGAAUUGAAGCCACAUCCUGUUGUGAUCAGUAUUCUCAACCAGCUUUCCAGGAUUAUUCCAACAUGGAAAAUUGUCCCAACUAAAGAUAUAGUUGAUGUUGCAUUCAAAAUGCCUGAGGUUAGAGCACAGGUUAGAGCAAAUAAAUACUGUUACAAAGGGCGGCCACGCUUGAAAACCGGCCAAGAGCUUCUCAGGGUCUGCAUAGAUCUUGAGCAGAAUCUCCAAGAGGUUGCAUUACCAUUUAUCGUUUUGCACGGGGAAGAUGACAAAGUGACAGAUCCAGGAGUUAGCCAGCAACUAUAUAAUGUAGCAUCCAGCGAGGACAAGACCUUGAAGCUAUAUGAGGGGAUGUGGCAUGGUUUACUCUAUGGCGAGCCCCCUGAAAAUAUCGAGAUUGUAUUCAGAGACAUUAUCAAUUGGAUAGAGGAGAGAGUUUCCAUGGGAAAUUCAAGACUGGAAAGGGAGCUUAAACAAGCUCACGAUGAUUUCAAAAACAAGAUAUAAAUGUUUAAUUUGUUCUGUAGCCAAAGUUACGAUAAAUUAAGUAAAUUAAGGCACCAUAAGGCCAAAAAAUAUGUUACUUCUCAAGUUAGCUUCAACUUGUUUCAUUUUUCAAAGAAAUGGUGCUCAUUUCUUGCAUCUUUACUUAACUCUACAAUCUCUGCUUACCCAUUUUGGCUGUAAUGUAGCAAAGAAAAUAUGAAGUGGGAAUUUGAUAAAUCCAAAGCCUUUUUUGUUUUGCUUCUA